AUGGUUUUCGGAUUAAAACUUUUUGGCAAGGCGACAAUUACCCUUUUUUGGGACACGCUCUAUAUUUUAAUUUUAGCAUGCGGGGGAUGCCCUACCCCGACGAUCGACAACAGCAUCAUUAACCCGACGCCAUUUGCUACCAACAGCAUCACCACCGACGCUAGCGGGUGCUCGGUAUUGACGUUGGCUUGCACCGGUACUGGUCCCGGCUUAGCGUACGUCGCGGUUAACGGGGGAUACUAUGCGGAUUCGAUGGGCUCGCCGACGAUGACGGCAAACUAUGUGCUAACCUGCAACAAUGACAAUGUAUGGCAGGAGAAUGUUUUCAUCAAGUUCCCCGGAGCAACGAUUGCCGUCGGCUGCUCGACC